CCUGAGGGGCGGGCCAGUAUUCAUUGUAAGUAUUCAAACUCAGCAGCAAGUCUGAAGUUUUCCUCCCUUGUAAAUAGAUGUUUUCUUGAAACUUGGAGCACAGAGAGGAUCCUAAUUCCUUUAAAACUUUGUUUUCAGAUAAUUUCCCCAAGAACCACUUACUUCCAGAGGAUCCGUGGACUCUGAUCUGAAGUGCUCCAACCGGAAGAUGAACUCCAAUAGGAACGGUUGUGCUGAGUUGUCCCUGUCACUCGCUCUACAGGGUCAUUUGAUUUCAGAGAAUCAGAACUAGCCAUGUCAUCUGGCGUUCAGAGUUGGAGUCCCAGUCUGGAGGAUAAUGAUAGGGAGAAGUUUCGCAAAAGGCUUCUGAAUAUAGAUUCAAACCUUGAAGACACAGAGGUGGAAAAAUUAAAGUUUCUCUGCCGAGACUUCAUCCCCUACAGGAAGCUGGAGAAGGCCCGCUCGGCCUUGGAUAUUUUUGAGGAUCUCAUGACCGAGGACCUGCUGAAUGAGAAAGACCCCUUCCUCCUGGCGGAACUGCUCUACAUCAUGAAACAGAAUUCGCUGCUGAAGCACCUCAACUACACCAAAGAGCAAGUGAAAGUCCUGCUGCCCACCCGGAAGAAGGUGUCCCCAUUCAGAAACCUGCUCUAUGAACUCUCAGAAGACAUCGACUCAGAGAGCUUGAAGAACAUGAUCUUCAUUCUGAAGGAGUCCUUACCCAAAGUCGAGACGCCGACCUCGCUAAGUUUCCUGGGACAUCUGGAGAAACAAGCUAAAAUAGAUGCAGAUGAUCUGACGUUGCUGGAGGAUCUCUGCAAAAAUGUCUUACCUCAUCUUGUGAGAAAGACAGACAAAUAUAAAAAAGAGAAAGAAGCUGGGCAAAAAGGAAAAGAACUACUUUCUGCUUCAGACAUUAAUCAAAUCCGUCAAGCCUUACCAGCAGGUUCAUCGGAUAGAACUGUGUACAGGAUGAAUCGUAAACACAGAGGCUACUGUGUUGUUAUCAACAACCAGAACUUUACCUCACUGUCAGAAAGAGAAGGGACUAAAAAAGACGCUGAGUGCCUGAAGCAUGUGUUUCAGUGGCUUGGAUUCAACGUAGAUAUACGGGAUGAUGUAACUAAAGAAUGCCUGGAGGAAGUUCUACAAAAAUAUCAGCGUCAUCCAGACCAUGCCAACGGAGACUGCUUUGUGUUCUGUGUUCUGACCCAUGGGAAAUUUGGAGCUAUCUACUCUUCAGAUGAUGCCCUCAUUCCUAUUCGGGAGAUCAUGUCUCACUUCACAGCCAAGCAGUGCCCCGGUCUGGUUGACAAACCCAAACUCUUUUUCAUCCAGGCCUGUCAGGGCAAGGAGAUACAAUCUUCUGUAUGUAUUGAAGCAGAUGCUAUAAAUCCUGAAUUAAUAGAGCCUCCCCUUGAGGACAGUGUCCCAAAUGAAGCAGACUUCCUUCUUGGCCUGUCCACUGUCCCUGGCUACGUAUCUUUUCGUCACAGGAGAGAAGGGAGCUGGUAUAUUCAAUCUCUGUAUAACCAUUUGAAGGACUUGGUCCCAAGAGGUGAAGAUAUCUUAUCCAUCCUCACUGCUGUCAAUAAUGAUGUGGGCCGACGAGGACCGAAGAAACAAAUCCCUCAACCUGUCUUCACACUGCGUAAAAAAGUCAUCUUCCCUGUGCCCCCGCAAGAACUCCCAGAGAGAGUUCCCACUGACUCUUAGACUGGAAAGGAAUCUUGUUUCCCAACUUCCCACCCAGCGUAGGAAUCAGUGACAGAUGGUGAGCUGGCCUUCGUCUAUCAUUCUAGCAACAAGGAAUGUUCUACUUUCUGACACAGUUCUACUUUCUGUGCUUCCCCCCCCCCCCCCCCUAACAAAUCUAAAUACUACCAGACUUUUUUCUUUGUAACGAUUGAUGCCUUGGAUUAUAUUCUUGCCUUUUGCUCUGUACCCUGAGGAAAAAAAGCAAUUGGCUUUCGUUUGUGUAGCUGUGAAGGGAAAGAAGGAAGGAGGAACAUUUUAAGGUUCCCUUUCGCUCUAGGGACCAAUGUUCUUAGAUUUCCCCUCUACCUGACCACUCCUUGUUAUAAGGGGCCACUCCCUGUGUCCCCCUCCCCAUGGCCCUGUUUUGGACAUUGGCCCAUGAUGAGAGCACAAGAUCACGGUUUCCAACCCUCCUCUGCUCUUCCCUUCCCAAAGCUUUCCUUCUACACACCUCCCGAGGGGCACCUUGGGUUUACAGCCACGCCCGCCUCCUGCAUCUCUGUCCCGGAAGGUGCUGCUGCAGGAGCGGGGCCCGCUCUAGGAAAUGACAGCUGAGUGUACACGAGACUCACGUGCAGCUACUCCGGGAGCAGGAACUUUACAGCCUGAUGCUACUUCCCUGUCAGCCAGAACCUUGCAGAGGCUGGUGACAGAACACUCAACUCAGACGGAGGAUAGCAACAGGUUUAUUGCCUCUGCCACUUGCAAACGUGAAUGCAUGAUGCUGACUUCCGGUGAGGCCUGCAUCGGGACUCUGCAGUACAGCCUGAGUCUCCGGGCCUGGGCCCUCAGGGUUGGCAGCUGUGCCCACAGGCUCGCUCGGCUCCUCCAGCCACAGGAAGAGGAGAGGAGCAGCUUGGGGGACCCACCCUGCUCACAGGGAUUGCUGCCCCCUCCUUGGCCAGAGAGGUGUCUGGCUAUGCCUGCGGAGAGGUGGCUCUGUAUGGCAGCCUUGGUGCUUCUAAAAUGAAUGUUUGUGAACUCUGUUUUCAAUUUUGAGAGGGAUUUCUCUUUUUUAAUUCUUGGAAAGAGAGAGAUGGGAAGUGCUUCGGUUAAGACCUUCGUUUAUAGAUGAGGAAGCUGUGGUCUAAGGAGGCAGGGCAAUGUGCUGCUGCCUCCCAGCCGGUUACUGGUUACGUGACUCCAUUUCCUGCGUAAGUGAGCUGAGCAGCCCUGGGACACAGCGGGGCUUUCUGAACGGCCCCUCGGAUACAUGCCCUCCCUCCCAGAGUUUUGUGUCGAUUGGUUGUACUUAUAUGCAUGUAUACAAGUCCUCCGGUUGAUCUCUUAUCUCCCCCAAAGCUAGUUUUUUGAGCCUUAUCUAUAAAUUAGAGAAAAUGUUAUCUGUGGGGAGGUCACGUAACCAGUAACCAGCUGGGCGGCAGCAGCACAUUGCCCUGCCUCCUUAGACCGCACCUUCCUCAUCCAUAAACUCACAUACAUACAGGGUGGGGUAAAAGUAGGUUGACAAUUGUAAACCUUUUGCCCCAUCCUGUAUAUAUUCUUAGGUUUAAUGGCUAUUUAUUUAGUUACCUAUUUAAUUAUAUAGAUAGCUAAAUAGAGACACCUGUAUGCAAUGUGCUGCUGUGCAUAUAAGGCCUUUAGAUGCAGAGUCUUUUGGUAGGAAUGUAAAUGAAAAUAGCAGAAUCUGAGUUCCUUUGCAUCUAAUUCCAGCUACUUGUAGCUGCAAAUCAACACUAGCAAUACCUACUGCCAUCCUCUGAGUGAAGAGCUGGCUCUUCCCUCACUGGCUCACCAUGCCCUGCAGCAACCAGGCCAGCUCCUGACUCUGAGUCAGAUAGACAAAACACUGCUGAUGAAGUCUCCCUCAUUGGAAACAUUUGGGGUUCACCCUGUGGGACUACUUCAGGGACUUAUCUUGGUGAUGGGCAGGUAUGAUAUCAAGGGGAUUCCCCCUUAGUAAUACAAUAUCUCCCGGCCAAUGAUUAGGUUAUUUAAACAUAUAAGCAACUGGUGCAUUGUGGGUACUGGCCAAUCAGGGAAUAGACUCUGACCAGUAUAAUCCAGUGGUAAAUGCUGCUGAAUUACACCCCUUUACCAAUGAUCAAGUCUCCACUAAGGCCAAUCAAAUUAGAAGUUUAGCUCAUUUUAGAGAUAACUUUUGUGCCAUUUCUACCUUACAAAGUCUUCCAGGUCUGAUGCUGUCUGAGUGAUUUAGUCAAGCUGUUCUCAGCCUGGAAUUCUUGGGUCCACAGGUGUUUGUGGCUUCCUUCUACGGGGUCUUUCAGUCCUCCACCAUCAUUUUAAAUGUUGUCAUUCCUUUUUGGUGAUAAUGAAAAAAACAUUAAUAGAAGUGCAUCCUGGCUCUUCUGUAUGACCACUUUAUAUGCAUUUGAGUUCUGCUACACAAACUCUGUGCUCACAUCCUGAUGUUUAUCAAAGGGUUGAACUUUUU